AUGCCAUGGAUCACACGCUCUUCGGCUGCCUGCGCAGCCCUCACCAUGCCCCCGGCCAGGGCUUGCACCCCUUCUCGCAGUCGGCGCUCGCCCUGCACGGCCGCUCCGAUCACAUGUCCUACCCGGAGCUCUCCGCCUCGUCCUCCUCUUGCAUCAUAGCGGGAUACCCCAACGAGGAGGGCAUGUUUGGCAGCCAGCAUCACAGGGGCCACCACCAUCACCACCACCACCACCAUCACCACCAGCAGCCCCAGCAGCAGCACCAGUCUUUGCAGACGAACUGGCACAUUCCGCAGAUGGCUUCCCCGCCGCCGCCGCCGCCGCCGCCUCCCCCUCCUCCCUCCGCCUCGGCCAGACACAGCCUGUGCCUCCAGCCGGACUCGGGAGGACCCCCGGAGCUGGGCAGUAGCCCCCCGGGACUGUGCUCGAACUCAUCUAGCUUGGGGACCAGCACCCCGACGGGGGCGACGUGCGCGCCCGGAGAUUAUGGCAGGCAGGCGCUGUCCCCGGUGGAAACCGAGAAGCGAGCGGGCAAGCGUAAAAGCGACAGCUCAGAUUCUCAAGAGGGAAAUUAUAAAUCUGAAGUCAACAGUAAACCAAGGAAGGAAAGAACGGCUUUUACCAAAGAGCAAAUCAGAGAGUUAGAAGCAGAGUUUGCCCACCACAACUACCUCACCAGACUGCGGAGAUAUGAGAUAGCAGUAAACCUGGACCUUACUGAAAGACAGGUCAAAGUGUGGUUCCAGAACAGACGGAUGAAAUGGAAGCGGGUAAAAGGAGGGCAGCAAGGAGCCGCGGCCCGGGAAAAGGAACUGGUGAACGUGAAAAAGGGCACCCUACUCCCCUCGGAGCUUUCUGGCAUUGGUGCAGCCAGCCUCCAGCACACAGGGGACUCACUAGCAAACGACGACAGCCACGACAGUGACCACAGCUCCGAGCAUGCGCACUUAUGAUAAAACACGAAGGAGCCAGAGCUCUUUUCUCAGGAAAGACAUGCUUACAUAGCAAGCCUUACACGGACAUCAUUCAUGUAUGCAAGUGACUCUCUGGCAAUUAGAAAUAUAUCUAUCUAUCCUUGGACUUACGGCUUCUGCAACUCUUAAUUUUUAUUUUUCAUACAUGAAUUCAGUAAGUGCCAUACCUUAAAUGUGCCUUGUGAGCAGAAGCAGAAGACAAACUUGCUUUAGAACAUUCCAGAUUUGUCUGUCAUUUCAAUGACAACAGGCAGGUAUUUUUUUUUGCUUUAGCUUGCACUGAAAAAAUGCCAUUGCUCUCAAGAAAUUAAAUAUUUUGAAGAAAACAAAACUACAACACAGUGCCAAUGGAAAUACUGUCUAGCAGAUAAGAAAUGUAUCUUAACUCUGUAUAUAUCUACUUUACAGCCUUUUUACUUUACACUCAUUUUUAGCAAUGCGUUCAUAUUAGCUGACAGCAAUAGUCACUCAUGAGAAUAAAUGGCUUUUUUGUGUGUGUCUCUCUAUUUUUGUUUUGUGUCCCAGAGAUAUAUAAUACAUGCAGACAAUUGUGUUCAGAAAGCGAAUGAUACAGAAGAGUCAGCUAGGGAAAGUCCUUAUACCAUAGACAAAACAAUUCUUAUGUUGCAUUUACUAUCAACUGCUGCUAAUAGGGAAUUAUUAAAUCCUGCUCCUCAAAUUUUCUUUCCUUAUAAUGGCAAAGUUUUUUAAAAAUAAAAAAUAGGAUCAUACCUGUCAAGAAAGAAGCCAAGCACCCAUUCAUAUGUAGAAUUUGUUACCAUGACCAUUUAACAUGAAUAUGCCUCUAGCUCCUAACCACAAUCUAAUUACUCUACAGAAGCCCUGAUA